UUCGAUUCGAGCGCGUCGCUGUGACGUCAACGCCGGUAACAGGCGGCAAUUGGGCGAGCCGUGGCCGCGGUGUGGUCGCGCGCGACGGCGGCAUUCCAGCCGCGACGGUACGCCGGAGACUUUGCUUCGAGCUUUGACGCUGCUCACCGUUGUCUGCUUGUGACAGUCGAUCGCUGACGGUAGGCGUCUGGACGUUAAGCGCGAACGGACGGACGAUCAGGCAUUAGGAAGCAUUGAUCACAAGGGUAAGAACAAGAAGCACAAGCGGUGACAAGGCAACAAGCGAAUGGACCAUUUCGGAACGAUGAUGUCACAGAUCGAACUGGACGAAACAGCUGUGGAGAAUUUCCGCGAGUACUUGCGGAUACCGUCGGUGCAGCCGGACAUCAACUAUGAUGAAUGUGUGGAGUUCAUAACUAGACAAGCACAGUCUCUCGACUUACCAGUUAAAAUUUAUCACGUACAUCCUAAAAAACCGAUUGUGGUUUUAACAUGGAUGGGAACGGAUCCUACGAAACAAUCGAUUCUCUUGAACAGUCACAUGGACGUUGUACCUGUUUUCGAAGACAAAUGGACCUAUCCGCCAUUCAGCGCACACAUGGACGAGCAAGGCGACAUCUACGCUCGCGGCAGCCAGGACAUGAAAUGUGUGGCAAUACAAUAUUUGGAGGCGAUCCGUAGAUUGAAACUGAACGGACAACGUUUCCAACGUACUAUCCACAUCUCUUUCGUCCCGGACGAGGAGAUAGGCGGUGUUCUCGGAAUGAAAGCCUUUGUGCACACUGCAGACUUCAAAGCUUUGAACGUCGGUUUCGCCCUGGAUGAAGGUGUGGCUGGCCCAUUUGAGAACUUUUACAUGUUUUAUGGAGAAAGAUCGAUUUGGCAUGUCGAAAUAAAGUGCGCGGGCACUCCCGGUCAUGGAUCCAUCAUGUUGGACAAUACGGCUGGGGAAAAAUUAAGAGUUAUAAUUGAUCGUUUCACAGACUUCAGAGCCUCCGAAAAAGCAAAAUUAAGUACAGAUCCUAGAAAAUUAGCGAUUACUCUUGGCGGAGUGACAUCUGUAAAUCUUACGAAAGUUUGGGGUGGCGUACAAACUAACGUUAUACCUACUGAACUCAGCGCUAUGUUCGACAUUCGUAUAACGCCUUCUGUUGAUCACGACGAAUUCGAAGCUACUAUCAAACGCUGGUGCGAAGAAGCUGGUUCAGAUGUAACCUAUUCCUUCAAAGAGAAAAAUCCCAAAAUUAAGAAUACCAAACUAGAUGAGUCUAAUCCAUACUGGAUCGCUUUCAAAAAUACCUGUGAUGAAAUUGGUAUUAAUUUGGAAACCGCUAUCUUCCCGGGAGGUUCAGACGGCCGUUUUGUUAAUCGGGGGCGCGAUCGCGUGAUCCUGUGUCUGCUCGACUCCUCCGCGGGAAGUCUCGUCUUUGUCAGCCAUGUGCAUUGCGGCGCAUCGUUCAAAACGUCCUCGCACCCCCGUGGCAGUCGACCAAUAAGAGACCAAGCGCCCGAGUCACGUGAUCGUGGCUGGCCAAUCGACGCGGCGGGAUUUGAAAUCUUUUGGUCUUUGUUCAUGGGCCAGCUCGUGUCAACCAACGUUGCCUCAGUUCCGUCAAGGGGGACCCGUGUCGGUGUACGGUUUAUACAUGGUCGCUGCGCCGAAAAUUUUCGACUGCAACUCGCCGCCGUAAAUAUAUGUGUGAAAGUGCUGCCGGACGCGGACAAGAUAGUGUGAUUCGGAAAACGUUGGACGCGCAGUAUCGAUAUACGGUAGGUCUGGCGCCAUUAUAUCGCGCGCCGCGUAAAUAUUGCUCCAUGAAAAAGUGUUGUUGCCCGUGUGUCUCGCCUUGUCUCGUCCCGUUCCAUCCAUCCAUCCCGUCUCGUCCCGUCUCUCGCAGGCUCUCGAUCGCGCGCGCGCGCUCCUCCUCUUCCUCGCUCCUCUGUUUGUUCUGUCAGGAGAAAUAAGAUGUAUCGGAAUGAAUCGGACACGACGAGUGAGAUCGACAAUGUUGUUUUUUUCUCCUUUUCUCACUCAUCCGUUGCGUCUCUCUCUCUCUCUCUCCCUCCCCUUUCGAUCUAUGCACGACUUUGUUUUGGGUGAAUGUUCUUCUCGCACGCGAGAAUCAUGAAAUCGAAGGAAAAAUAAUCGCCUCGCAUUUGUCGCCGGUAUUCCAGGCGCCAAUAUUCCUUGAUCGAUCCGCGAUAAUUUUUGCGACGGCGCUGAAUUUUCGUCACCGUCGCGAUUGUAAUCGCAUUUCGCGUCAUCGCGACGGACGAUAUGCCGGUACAGCUGCCGUCGACUAGAAGCAUAAACAGAUCGGCAUAAACACUCAUCUUUCUUGUGUCAAAAUCGCUCGGCGUGAAUGAACGAUUCACGGGCGCGGGAAUACGGCGCCGUAAAGUUUCGGCGGGAAGAGCGAGUGCGUGACAUGGGAGAGAGAGAGAGAGAGAGAGAGAGAGAGAAAAUCGCUAUUAUGUGCUUCAGGAUUGCAUUUUCUAGAAACAAAAGCUAAGCAUAUUUCUACUAUUACCAGAUAUAUGAUAUAAGGACGAUA